AAAUAUUCAAAUCUGUUAAUACCAGUUCUUUUGUUUCUUCGUAAAAGCAAUUUAGAAGUUCGACAAGACUGAUAUUUUUCUUGAUCAAAUGUUUCAAAUUUAGUUCCCUGAAAGGAAGUGGAAAUAUUAAAUGAACAUCUUGAUUUUCUUUUCCUUCAGCCCAGUCAACAAUGAACUUCUGCACAGAGACUGUUUUUCCAAUUCCGGCAACUCCUUUAGUCAGCACAGUUCUGAUGGGUUUGUCUUGUCCAGUGUGUUGUUAAAGUUAAGACAACAUGAUCCUGAAAAGUCACUACUUGAAAGGAAGGAGUCAGUGACCACAGAUAUUACGUCACCUUCAACCAAUCCCAGAGGAGGUGGAACAAUGCCAGAUUCUGCUCUGCCACCACCGCUUCCACCCAUCACAUUGCUAAACUGUUCAUCUGACCCAUCAAAUUGCUCCCUCACCAACCUCUCUGCAAUUGCUUAUGGUGAUGAAUGCUAUGGCAGCCACUCUUUGUUCGUUGUCAUGGCAAUUGCCUACAGCACCGUGGUACUGUUGGGGGUAGUGGGCAAUUCGGCUCUCAUCCUUGUCAUCGCCAGGCAACGGGAACUUCACAAUGUAACAAACGUCCUAAUUGCAAACCUCUCUGUUUCGGAUCUGCUGAUGUCCCUGGUGUGUUUACCUUUCACCUUCAUUUACACCUUUAUGGACCACUGGGUGUUUGGUGCGGUCAUGUGUAAACUUAACAGUUUGGUCCAGUGCUGCUCUGUCUCAGUGUCCAUCUUCUCCUUGGUUCUGAUCGCUAUUGAGAGACACCAGCUCAUCUUACAUCCUCGAGGAUGGAGACCCAGCCUUAACCACGCCUGUCUGGGCAUCGGCCUUACGUGGGCCCUGGCCACCCUCACUGCCACGCCCUUUCUGAUGUUCUCCAGGGUGACAGAUGCUCCACUGAAGCAGCUGCCCUCAGUGUUUCAGGAGCAGUACAGGGGAAAGGUGGUGUGUGUGGAGGAAUGGCCAUCCAGAGAACUUAAACUUACCUACACCACUGCCAUGCUGGUUCUGCAGUACAUCACUCCUCUCACAUUCAUCUUCAUCUGCUACCUGAAGAUCUACUCUCGUCUGCAGCAGCGGAACAACAUGAUGGACAGAAUGCGUGAGAACAAAUACCGCACCAUUGAGACUAAGCGGAUAAACAUCAUGUUAUUUUCCAUUGUCGUGGCAUUCGCUGUUUGCUGGCUCCCGUUAAACGUCUUCAACGCUGUCAUCGACUGGAACCACGAAGUUGCUAUGAACUGCACGCACAAUCUGCUGUUCUCGCUGUGUCACCUGACCGCGAUGUGUUCGGUCUGCAUAAACCCUGUGUUUUACGGGUUCCUUAAUCGCAACUUCCAGCAUGAUCUACGGGCCUUCCGACUCUGCAAGAUUGCAUCGUUACGAGACAACGAAUAUGAUAUGGUUGCCAUGUCCACUGUUCAAACAGAUGUGUCCAAAAUGUCCCUAAAAAUGAGUAGCCUAGAUCUCUAGUAGUAGGAUUUUCAUUAGAUUUACUUUAAAAAGAAAAGCGUGCAUCUACAGUUUCGUUUCUUGGCUGCAUCCCAAGCGUAGCAAUGGCUGUCACCAUCAUUUAAGCACUUUUGCAGCGUGUUUCCACAAAGGUCAUGUACUUGACUUGAGUGAAUUAUGUCCAGCGAACUAGAAAUGGCUACUUUCCAAGCUCUGUAUUACACGGUAUCAUAAAAUUGUACAUACAAGGUCAGGAAAGAUGCCGAGCACAUUUUUUGCAAACAUGAAAUACCAUGCGUCAAAGGGGCCGCUUGGGGCCAAGAUGGAAUCCGAAGAUACAGAGAAAUCUAACACGGUUCAGAGAUGUGAGUUACUGAGCUUGUGCAUUGUGUUAUUUAAAUAUGAAUGUCAGAAAUGAUUUUUUGAGGAAGGGACUCUAAACUGCCAGAUGAGUUUCAUAUAAUGUUUCUAAAUUGAAUUUCUUUGAGUUCUGAGUGUUGUAAAACCAAACAAAAUUGAGUUUCUUCAUUUAAUCUUUUAUUAAUGAAAGAAACAGAACUUAAAAUCUUGUUAUUAGAAUAUAAACUCUAUAAAUGUAAGCUGCAAGCUAUUGUCCACAAAAUUAUGAAGCAGUGAUUUUUUGUUGUUGGUUUCCUGUUUGUAACACAUUUGGUUUUUUGUGUCUAAAUGUAUUUUUUUUAUCAAAGGUGAUUCACAAAUGCACAAAAAUACUGCCAUUUAAAUGUCCAAAAUUGCUUAGAUAAGAACAGGAAGUGGAUCAAAGCUGAAAGUGCAAAGCAGAAGUAAAAGAAAAGCUUUGUUUGCUGGCUUGUUUGUUAGCUUUAUACAAUAACAUGUUUGCAGAGAUGCACAUUGAAGAGAGGCUUUGAAUGUUUCAUGAAUGCUGUUCAGGUGGCAUUUGAAAGAUAAUUGUAUAAAAUAAAAUGUGAGCAAAAUUCAGUUCCUGUAAUGCUCACUGAGUGUAUGUGAUCUAAUCAUUUACUGUGUGGGAAACUGCAGACAGGUACAGCAUACUAAGGAGAGAGGGUUUAAAGGCAGCUUUUGUGAGUAUGAAUACUAUCACCCACUCCAAAUUACGUAGAAACAACAAAGCAAAUGUGUCAAUAGUUAUAUCAAUGUCUGCAUUGAUUCAUAUUGAAUCUUAUAAACCAAAACAAGCAGUGCAAUGUUAUUACCAAUUUAACAUUCCUAUUCAUUAUCUGUACUUGAAUAUAGCUUCUUAUAAAAAGAGCUGUGAGAUACAAUUGCUUAUUGACAAACUAUCAAUGUAUUUUUUUAGUAUUUAUUCAUUUAUGAAAAAUUGUGGAAAAAUUGUUUGUUUAAGGAUCACUGUGGUCAAAGUUUCUUUAAAGUUUAAAAUUGUAUAGCACUUUAUUUUAUAAUAAAUUAGCAUUUCUGCAAUCAUCAGUUAUUUGAUGUAAAUUUGUAGUGCUUUUUAUUUAAAAUAAAAUGCUGGGUUGUUUUUUUAACUCAUGCUGGGUAAAUAUUGGAUAGAGCACACCAGUGGGUUAAAAAUGACCCAAUGCUGGGUUAUUUCAACACAAUGCUUUGUUGCUUCAACCCAACUGUUGGGUUAUUACAACCCAUAAUUCGGUAACAACAAACCAGCAUUGGGUAAUUAUUUACCCAGUGGUGUGUUCUAUGCAAUAUUUACCCAGCAUGGUUUAAAAACAACCCAGCCUUUUUUUGAGUAAAUAGAUAGAGUCUUAGGUCAAUAAUUAUAAAGAAUUAUAAUAAAAAUACACAUUUUAUAAUAAACAUUUCUUUUUUUUAAACCCAGUUUUUUAAUUAACAACAAGUUAACAACAAAAUAUUUAAUAUGAUGGGUAACAAUGUUGCAAAUUUAACAUUAAAGCUGUAACUUAGCCAGUUUCGGAAGAUGCUGGAUGUUUGAUCAAUUACUUGCAAUAAAUUGGGAUUUGACAAGUGCACUGAAGACUAUGAACUUAAAAAAAUUGGUAUUGUUGUACGAUUACAAUUUUAAAGAAUGUAAAAAAAAUUAUUGUAUGAGAAAAAAUAACCAGCAUUGUCUGUAAAUUGUGGAAUGUUUUGGCAAUUUAAAUAAUUCAUUUAUAGAUUAAUUAGAUAACCCAUGUCAAAAUUAUGUUAUUUGAUAUUGUUUGAUUUGAAUUGUAAGAUACAGUUAUUCUGGGUUACAGGGAUACAGAUAUUUGGUGUACCACAGUGUCUGAUAUUUAUUGAAUGUGCAUGGUACGAUGUGCGUAUCCAGGUCCAUGUUUGCUGUAAAGACUGCCGUUAUUAUGAUUGUUUUUAAAGUUUGGUCAGUUGUAUAUUACUAAAUCUAGAGUUUAAAAAGAUGGAUACAAUGCAAUAAACAGAUUUACAAAGACUAGAUUACAAUGCAAUGCAAUUGCAACUUGUGUACGUGUGGUAGGUCACUUAGAACUGUGAAAUAUUGUCAAACUUAAAAUAACCUUGGAUCGACCCUGUAAAAUAAAUUGAUGCAGCUGUUUGCCAGUAACUUACUGUAGAUUAAAAUGAAUCAAACUAUAAAAUAAUAGCUUUAUGCAAAGCAUUCUGGGAAGCAGAAAUCCUCAUCAACCUUUUUCUGUUUUUCCCUUUAAAUUUUGGUGCGCAGAAUGCUUUUCAUGAGGCUGUUAUUUUACGGUUAUAUUCUGUAAAGAUAAAGACUUGUUAAUGUUUAAUGUUCAUUUAACUUUAAACAAACGGUUGCCUGUAAAUAACAUAAAUUUAAAUCUACAGUAAGUUACUUGCAAACAGCUGCAGCUGUUAUACUGUAAUUUCUACAGAAUAUUUUUAAAGUGUACGGUAUGGUUUUAAGCACACAAAAAUGCUGUAAAGUGAGAAUGUUUUCAAAGAAAAUCAUGAAUAGAUUUUAUUUAUUUACUAAACAAAAUCAAUAUUUGGUGUGACUAUCUUUUGCCAUUAAAACAUUUGUUAAAACAUUAAAACUUUUUUGUUAUUGGAACAUCUGCUCACAGUUUUUAAGGUAGCUUUUCUAGUAUGUUGUUCCAGGCAUCGGGAUGUUGCCACAAAUCUUUAAGGUUGUUUGUAUCUGUCUCUUUAUGUAUCUGACUGGCUAUUAAGAAGUUUUCUUUAUUGUUACAGUGCUUAAGAAUUGUGACAUGCUAAAGCAAAACAUUUAAAUUGACUUUUUGUUGGCAUAAAACAUCUAUUGUGCCUAUAAGAUAUUUGUAUAAUUGUGGUGUACACAAUAUACUGUAUUUUAAUGUGCAAAAAUAUUAUUUUCUGUUUUUGGUGAUUUUUUUGCAUGCUGUGAAUGCUUUGCAUUCCAAAUCAUUGUACACUCUGACCCUAUUCAUUUCACUGUUAUAUUUUUUUCCCUCUUGAAAAUUGCCAAGCCAUUUUGAUGUUCAAAAUGAAUGUUCAAAAUGAUAGUCUCCUGAUGCUAACAGCAAAAUACACUCCCACCACAUACACAAAAACAUGACUUUCAGAGUCAGAACCUUAGAGACACAUGACCAAAAAUAGGGCAACAGAAAUAUCACAACACAAGCAAACAUGUAUUUAUUUAUGUAUUUUGUAGCGUGCAUGAGUGAGUGAGUGAGUGCUGAUGUUUCAGCUAACAUAACAGAAAAGUGAAUCAAUAGGGAAUAGUGUGCUGG